UGAUACGAGCAAACUGAAUGAAACUCUGAGGGCCAAAUAUGGAGCGGAUCUAGAAUCGUUUCUGCUGAAAGAUUCCAAGCACGAAGAAGAUCUUGACAUUUCGUCCCCCAUGGAGUCCAAAAAUCAUUUCUUCGAACACGAUCAAGGACAGAAAACUUGCAGUUUGAAUCAUUUGAAAUUCUGGAAGUCACUGGGGCCGGUGCCUGACCAUCAGGUUUCUGAUUCUGCAGGGAAACGAUCUGUUUCUCAGAAGGAAGCUGCAGAUGUUUCCUGUCAGCCUGAAAAUGAGAACGGGAAACAGGAUUGUGUGGAAAUGGAUGAAAGGGAUCUUGUGCAGAAGCUAAAAUUCUUUUAUUCCUUCUGGAAUCCGGCGAAAGCAGACAAAGCAAAGCAAGUGGCCUCCUCCUACAAGUUCAUGGUGAGCGACCUGAACAGAAGCCUGCAAGACAAGUACGGUCUAGACCUGGACUCCCCUAGUGACCAGAUCAUGACGAGGGGUAAGCUCGCUCUCCGUCUGUACAGGCUGUAUGAGAAGUUGCCGGCGGGAAAGAAGGAGUCGCAGAUUAAGAGUAUCCCAAAAUUAGUCUCGUCGUACUACGGGAGAGAAGCCGAGCUCGCUACCGUCCUUCGCCAACAAGGAUUCGACGUGCAGGCGACCAGCCUUCGAUGAUUGUACUUGUAGUGCUUGCAACUGCUACUCGCGUGUGCUUGUUAUUUACAGCUUUAUGAGAUGGUUGUCAGAGUGAACUGAACAAACUCG